CAAGUCGUUCUCCCUGACCAAUGUCAAAAUUGUCAGAAGUAAAUAGACCUGUGUACUAAUUUUCUACGUUUGGUUUAACUUGCUCGAUAACAAAAUGGUCCUCGUCCGACCUGAAACUCAUGAAGGUGCUACCGAAGAAAAUGAACAAGAGGCUGCUGUGAAAGUGAAGACCCCAAAAAGAAUUUUACAUUUCUGUGAUGGUACCUUAGAGGAAUAUAGCAGUGACGAAGAUGAAGUAGACACUCCUAAAGAUCAAACUGUCGUAGAUCCGUCUACAUUAACGUGGGGUCCUUGGUUUUGGUACAAAGCUUGGGCUGCUGGUACCAGUACUUUGUCCGUUGUCGAUACAGUCGGUGAAUUUUUAGCAUCUCUUUUUGGUAUUACAACGCCCAGAUAUUACUUCGAACUCGAAGAGUACAAGCGUCGCCAAGAGGAAGAGAAGAAGCAGAAAGACGCUGCUCAGGGCUGGUCGGACCCUUCCGCAGCGGCCACCACGGUUUCCGUGCCCCUGAAGGAGAUCUUGUCUAAUCAGCCCAGACCAGUAGAGGUGUAAAUUUGUUUCGUGAUUGGAAUCAACAGUUCCUCGUUACUAACCGCACGCUUGCUGGGAUGUUAAGACUAUGUAUUUUAUAAUAAGUAUACCAUAUUUACCAUUUCAUAUUGCUAUAUUUUUAUAAUAUCUUGCUAGAUGUCCUGGGUUGACACUGCAGUUUAUCGUUUGAUUUAAGACAAAUGUUUAAGCUACAGAAUGUUCAAAGUUCAUGAACCAUUAGGCCUUAUUUUGUUAAAAAGAAAACAAGACGAAAUCACUUUUCUGUCAUUAUACAAAAUGGUCAUAAGUCGAAAAAGUAUCAACAAAAUUGUAGAUUAUUAAUUUUAUUUCUACAGAAAAUCUCUUGAAAAGGUUAUUUGAACAUUGAUUUUUAAUACCUCUCGUAUAGUGUAUUUUGUAUUAGAACAACACAUUUUUUAAUGUUUAAUGUAGUUAUUUUUAUAUACCUAUCCAUCGAUUGGAUUUUCUAUAUUCGUUUUAUAGUUACUAAUAUUUUACAAAACUCUCGUGUACCUAGAAAAAAUAUUUAAUUAAAAUGCACAUAAAUGUUUCUUCGUAAGUAUUGUUAUAAAAUUGGCCUAUUUUUUUUCUAUUUCAAUACACGAUAUUGAUACUAGAAAGGUAUUAGUAAUUGUUCAAGUAUAUUUACGCUAUGCUAUAAAUUAUAUCGCAAGUGUCAAUUGUCGAAUACUUUAGGUGUUAAUAAAACAAAAUAAAGAA